UAUUUUAUUUCCAUGUCUACUUUCCAACAAAACAAUAGCAACAACAUUAUUAGCAACAGCAUUAUUAGCAUCAACAUUGAUACUCAAAGGCCAUCUAGUAUGCUUUAUCUUGAGUCUCUUUGGAAAGAUGUUUGCAUUAUUCUUACUGCUAUUCUUCAUAGGCCCCACUAGUUCUACAGGCUCAACAUUGUCUGAACCUAAAGUCAAGAGAAGAAGAUUGAUCAACUAUUUGUCAGGAGAAGGUCAAAAAUACUGGGGUGAAGGCGAGAAUUUGAUUGUAAAUGACAUGAAUGUCACAAGAAUCCUUAAGAAAUUCAGAUCACGAAACAUCAUGGAAGCAGAAGAAAAAGCACUUUUGAACGAUGUUAGAGUCUUGUGUUGUGAACACAUAUGAAUUCAUAUGCAUAGAUCAAUAAAUGAUGAUCAUGGCAAAAGACCAGAUCACAUCUAUGGCAAUUUCAAUGGAUCUAUAGU